AUGAGUGAAGAAGAACUCUUGUAUUACACUUGCAUUAAAAACACGCUUCAUGCCGCGUUAUGUAUUGGAAACUACCCAUCACGAACCGUAGAGCGGCACAAUAAACCUGAAGUGGAAGUGAGUGGUUGUGCAGAGGGAGAUAAUGAGGGCAAAUCACCGGAGUUGCUUCUCAACCGCCUCCACAUCAGUCGUUCUGAACAGGAGAGAUGUCUUAUUGAAGCAAGUAUAAAUAGUGUACGCAUUUCAUUCGCUUUCCCUAAGAUGGAUCCUCUGGCGGAACUCAUUGCGAGGAAAUACGUUAGUUUCUUAGCUCAACGGGGCCAACAGUUCCGAAUACUGCGCAAAAAGCCCAUCGCGGGUUAUGAUAUUAGUUUCCUCAUUACUCACGAGGAGGUGGAGGUGAUACCUCGCAGCAAAAUUAUUGAAUUUGUGAUUACAUUUUUGAUGGAAAUGGACAAAGAUAUUACAUUACUGAAGAUUAAUGCUAAUGAACGCGCACGACGGGCAGCAAGACAGUUCUUUCAAGCCUUAUCGACUAACUGA